AUGACCUCCCGGUCGCAGCUUGCCAAUCCCCUUCUCAAUCCCCUCCUCUUUCUCUACCAGCUCAUUCAAUGGCUCAUCAAUAAUUCUCUUUCCCCGAACCCGCCCAAGUCCGACGCCGAACUAUCUAGACCCAGAAUUGCGAUUAUCGGCGCUGGAAUUACUGGCGUGACGGCUGCAGCGCACUGCGUCGGCCAUGGAUUCGAUGUCACUAUUUUCGAGGCUGGUCCCAAGGAACAACUCGGAGGCAUAUGGAGCCGCGUCAAUGACACUUCGGGUUUGCAAAUCCAUUCAAUCAUGUACCGCUUCCAUCCUUCUGUAAAGUGGGAACGCGGAUAUCCAGACAGGAAACAAAUCGUCGAGCAAGUCGCCGAGCUCUGGAAGCGAUACAACCUCCAGAAAAAGACCCGGUUCAACUUCAAAGUCAACAAGGCGUACCAAGACGAAAAAUCCCGCUGGAUCAUCAAUGAUACCUCCAAUGGCCGCUUUGAAGGUUUGAUUGCCGCUGUUGGAACAUGUGGCGAACCCAAGAUGCCAAACUUGCCUGGGCUGGAUAAGUUCAAGGGCGAGGUGUACCACUCUAGUGAACUGACUGGGAAAAAUGCCAAGGGGAAGAACAUAGCUGUUAUUGGAGGUGGUGCGUCCGCGGUUGAAGCCCUCGAAUUUGCCGCUGCUCAUUCCGCUUCUAAGAUUACCAUUAUCUCGCGGUCUGAAAAGUGGAUAAUUCCUCGGAAUUUCAUUGUAAACACUCUGCUUGCUCUGAAUGUCUUUGGUCAAGAGACCAUGUUCUCAUUUGUUCCCGAGUUUCUCCUGAGGAAGCUAUUCUAUCGAGACUUGGAAGAUAUCGCUCCAGCUUCUGGAAAAGGCCUAUUUUCUGAUACUCCCAUGGUAAAUUCAGAUGUCAUGGAGAAGCUGCGUACUGGCAAGGCUUCAUGGGUUCGCGGCGAUAUCGCAGGGCUCGUUUCAAGCGGUGUGGAAGUCAACCAUCGUGCCAGGGGCGUUCCAAAGGGCGGCCCCGGGCACCUCGAAAUCAUCGAAGCUGAUAUGGUCGUAAUGGCAACAGGGUUUAAGCGUCCAUCGCUGUCUUUCCUUCCCGAUGACUGCUUCCAGAGCCCCUAUGAGCCUCCAAAUUGGUACCUGCAGACCUUCCCGACGGCUCACCCGUCCGUUUCGGCCAUCAACUGCACAUAUGUCUCUGCCAUAGGGACAGUGGGCCAUUUCCACAUCGGGAUCUACACGAGGAUCCUCUUAAUGUUUUUGGUAGACCCAUUAACACGUCCCAGUCCGUUCUGGAUGCAGCGUUGGAUAGACAUGACCAAGGUGCUUAAGAGGACCAGCCCAACUGGGGCCUUUGACUUCUUUACCUAUCUCGAGCUGAUGUGGUGGUUUGUCUUUUGCGUAACAAUUAACCCAUUUCGCUGGAAAUGGGGAGUAUUCGUGUUAUUUGGGGUUGGCAUUAACCUACCAAGGCUUUUCGUGGAACGCGAGAAACGGUUUCUGAACGGUGUGGAAGGAUACGAAAAUAGAGAUGAGGGAAAAAGCUUCUAA